AAUAGGAAAUUGAUGAUGACCAACCUCUGUUGGUCCCAGCACUAAAUUUGCUCGCAGAAUGCUUUCGAAAGGCUCCACAUCUCACAACAAGCUAAGUAGAGCUCCCCUCUCCACCCACCUUCCCUCCUCCUCCCCAAAAGCCCCCCACCAUCUUCUUCUCCAUCCCACUCCACUGCCCAGGAGAAGAAAGGCAGCAGCUUGUUCCCAUGGUUAGGCCGCAGCCGCGAUAUCGAGGCGUUCGACAGCGGCAGUGGGGCUCCUGGGUCUCGGAGAUUCGUCAUCCGCUGCUGAAGACGAGGAUUUGGCUGGGCACGUUUGAGACCGCAGAGGACGCCGCAAGAGCCUACGACGAAGCUGCGAGGCUCGUCGCCGGUCCGAGAGCAAGAACCAACUUCCCCUUCAAUCCCAACUCCGCCUCUUCUUCGUCGGAGACCAACUACUUAUCGGCCGCGCUUACUGCGAAGCUACACCGCUGCAACCUGGCGUCUCUUGAAGCAGCACCUCAGCCCGUCGUGAGGAACUCACCGGCGCUCAAGGUGUCGGUCUCCGUCGUUGAUCGGCCCAAGAACAAGAUGACGGUGGCCGUGGAGCAACCGGUAUAUCCUAACUGGAUCAUGAAAGAGAGUGGUACUGAUGAGGUUGAGUUCAGCUACUUGGAGGAGCAUCAGGUCGAGCAGAUGAUAGAGGAGCUGCUUGACUCCAACCUCGGCGUGGAGCUCUGCUACGCUUCUCUGUAGUCACCUUUUGCUCUUCUCGUUUGCAUUCAGAAUACAAUCCCCCGCUUAUUUGGUGCGGGAUUUGAGGACUCGUCGUACAGGAAUGCAUAGAAGAGUACCUGCCAUUGUUGGAAGCAUUAAUAGUCGAAGGUUUCUA